ACUUGACGAGCGAACAAUGGCGGCCCCGUUUCUUUUCUGGAAUGCGCUGUCGUCUGCUCGUCCUUGUCGACUGCGUGUGUCGGCUGCAAACAUGGCAUCCGGUUAACGGGUCCCAAAUGUGCCGACGCUCAGGUUUUGUAGCUUUUUUUCCCUCUGGCUUCCGUCAUCACACUUUCGGUGCAGUUUUGUUCGCUUCUCGGGUGAGCGCGACGUGCUCGCGAGCUUACCGCACUGAACGGCGCGGGUUGCACGCCAUAGAAGCAACGCAGACAAAGAAGCGGAGCAGACGACGUCCAGCGGACAAGAAAGGCAAGCAUAAUACGGUGUCGCUUAUUACGUGCUGGGGAGACAAGCACCGAGAUACGAUCGGAGACGGCGUUGUGAACAAGCAACGAGGAUUCGCAUGAGCGCCACGAGCAGGCGACGGUGCCCCGCAGGUUUCGAAUCGGGGACGAUGAUUGAGAUGGCUUGAAGGCUUUGGACGAAACAAGGGGCCUUGGUCACACUGCUUCGGAAGAGGGGAAGCGAACGACGCCCUCGCGGUUUUUACCGCCAGCAGGAGUGCGAUAACGUUGCUAAGGGCGAGGUUAGAUAGCGUGGACGCUCGCUGCUAUCUUUCCCACCCUUUGCGCAACACAUCGGUGCAAAGCUGCCUGGAAAAGAAGCGAGGAAUUAUGGAUUCGUGCCGUGGGAAAAGAUCUUCGUAGAAAUGUUCUUCAGUCGCCAUAAACGGGGCACACGACGACGAGGUGGCGCCUCGGCACUGGUGGCGCUCGUCUCGGCCCUGGCCGUGGUGACUGCACAGUGGCUCCCCCUGGACUGUUCUAAAUUUGGGCAACCGAGUGGGCCUUGCAACUGCACGGUUUACGAUCACACGCCCAACAACCAGUCCCGUCACCAAGUGUGGAUCACGUGUGCCAACGUCUCGAGCCUCGAGGAACUGGCUCGCAUCCUAGCUCCGGUCCGACACCACCGCAUCGAUAAGUUCCAGCUGGGAGUGUCCACGCUGGGCCACCUUCCGAGCAACCUGUUCCUGGAUGUGCGCGCGAGCGAGGUACACCUGUGGGACACGCCGCUGGCCAGCUUCGUGCAGGGGGACAGCGACGACGCCCUGCUCGGACUGCAGAACUCUCUGCGAUCGCUGGCCCUGCGCCGAUGCUCACUCGACAGCACGCAGCCAUUCCACAGGAUGGGCCACCUGCGAGUAUUGGAGAUGCUGGACUUGUCCUUCAACCAGCUGACCACAGUGCGCGCCUCCUGGUUCAAGGCGCAGCUUAGCGGCAGCCUUCGCUCGCUGCUGCUCAAGGGCAAUCGCAUCGCGCGCAUCGAGAGCGGAGCUUUCGCCAUGCUCUACCGCCUCUUUCAGCUGGAUCUCUCGCAGAACAAUAUCGCCACCAUCGAGCGCUCCAUGUUGCCGGACACGCUCUUCUUUCUCGACCUCAGCGACAACCGGCUGAGCGUCCUGUCUCCACUGCUAUUCGACAAAAUGACGAGCCUACGUCGGGUCUACCUGAACGGGAACCGGCUCACCACGCUCGACAGGGCCGUUUGGUCGGCCGUGUGGAGCAACCCGAGGCUGGGCGUCGAAAUGCACGGCAACCCCGUGGUGUGCGACCGGCGGCUAUGCUGGCUGGCGCGGCUGGUGCCUCGCGAUUGUCUCAGCAGGGACUGCCAGCGCUCACCCGCCGACUACCGACACCUGGACGGGCGGUGCAACGCGCCGCCGCCCCUGGCCGGCCGCCACCUGGCGCACGUGGACUGCGACGCACUCGCCUGUGGCAAAGAGUGCGACGCAGCUCCACGCGGUGACCACGACAAUGAGCUGAGCCCGUUCUGGUGACCCCUACCCGGAUGAAGGGCGCAGACUUCCGUGGUUGGGUGUACGUUGCAUAAAACAACCACGCCACGCGUCGUCUGCUUCAAAGGCGGCGAUUCUGCACUUGUGCGCUGGCUGUGCCUGGUAUAUUAUCUUUAUUGCGAUCAGAAUCUGGGAUUGCACGCGCAGGAAGUUAGACAUGUUUAGGAAGACAGUCGUGAGCCUCUCAGAACAAGCAGUGAAGGGUCUCACGCGAAGUGGUAUCUGAAGUACACGAGCCAGCUUAAGCAGGCGUUUUCCUAAGAAAGAAACAAAAAAAAAAAAAACACUGCGUUUUAUAAGUGCCUUGUCGAGGACACCAUUAUGUUCUGAGUCUCUAGGCCCAUAAGAUAAAGGUGUCCUUUGUCAGUUUAGCUGCACGAGCAAACCGCCACAGAAUCAUAGUUUUUCCCAUUCAUGUUCUUUCACCAAUAAAACAUCUUCCGGAAGCGGGAUGCGUAA